GUUCAUGCAUUGUACAUUAGUUUGUUCAAGAUUAAUACGUGAACAAAAAUAAGAAGAAAUAAGAAGAAGAAUAGUGAGCUAGUUUUGUGAUAAUAAUAAUCCUGUUUUAUACGAUCGAGAGAACGUCGGUCACUUUUUUGAUAUUUUUCCAUUUUGUAAAUACCUAUUCGACAUAGAGAACCAAUGUUUCUAACAAUAAACAGUAUCAUUUUGGUGUAUUAGUAUCACAAGACAUCGUCUGCGUUCAGUCUAUCAUAAAAAAACAUAUAAUUAGAUGCACUAAAUGUGUAUAAAAUUACAUUAAUUACGAGUGAUUGUGUGGAUUUCAUAUAUAGAUAACAAAUAACAUUGACGAAUAAUAUUUAUUUAGUAUAGAGUUAAAUGGUUAGCACACGUGUGUCAUAACAUUGGAUAAACUAAGUAUAGUUAACUUGACGUUGAGGCAUAAAAUUCAGUUGUUAACUGAACAGUGUAAUAAGGAGAAGAAUUCAUUAUUACAAAGAAAAAAGAUUGAAUAUAAAUUAUUUCAAAUUCAUAUCGUGAGUGGUGUUUGGUGUUCGCCUAUAAAUCGAAUCAUGUCAAGUAGAGGUGUCACUUCCUUAGAAAACGAUUUUUUUCUCUGUCCGAGGAUACCAAAUUUUUUUAUAUAUCCUGAGGAUGAAGGAAGUGAGAGUCCAGUUUUUGGUCUGGAAAGUGGAACAGGUACAGGUGGUGGGACUUCCUUGAGACUCGCAUCGCAUGAAUUACCUAAUGAAAUUUCUGCUCCAUACGAAGUUCCACAAUUUCCAAUUGAACAAAUUGAGAAAAAGCUUCUGAUACAAAGACAAUUAACCGUCAAAGCUGCCAAGGAUUUAGAAGAACGUCGUAGCCAUUAUGAACCAUCACUCGGACCUGGUAUACCAGAUGAUGUCGAUCAUCACUUUAAUCUCGAAGAAAAUGAUUUUGUCCCACACUUUCAGAGGGUAUCCAUAUCUGGUGAAGAUACUUCCGGGGUACCUUUGGAAGAUUUACAGCAAGCGUCCCAGAUGUUAGUUCAAGCAUUGGCAAUACGUGAAAAAUACAUGAAUAAUUCUAAACAGAGUUUUCCUUCUAUAACAUCACGGUUUUUACGCAGCAUCGAUAAAAGACCAGUGAGCAGUGACGAUGAAGUUCAACAUGAUGAUCGUAAAGCUAUCGCUGAUCAUCCUGUACAUGCACCUGCAUCUCGAGGAGAUCCAUGGAAAUGUGAAUUUCCUCCAGCAAAGAAUUAUAUAAUUGCUCCUGUCAAUGGUGUUUUUAAUGUAUAUGCAAAUGAAGAAGAUUUCACCGAUGGAAAACCAAUUCUUUAUUCAUAUCCUGAUUUAGCAACUUUUGUCAGGGAUAUGAAUCUUCUUUGUACAAUGAUCGCCGAUGGUCCAUUAAAGUCCUUUUGCUACAGAAGACUGAGUUAUCUUUCAUCAAAAUACCAACUACAUGUGUUAUUGAAUGAGCUUAGAGAACUUGCCAGUCAAAAAGCAGUUCCUCAUAGAGAUUUCUAUAAUAUCAGAAAGGUUGAUACACAUAUUCAUGCAGCAUCUUGUAUGAAUCAAAAACAUCUGCUUAGAUUUAUUAAGAAAACCUUAAAGAAUCAUGCAGACGAAAUUGUAACAUGUUCUAAAAAUAAAGAAACAAUGACCCUUCGAGAAGUAUUUCAAUCAAUGAAUUUAACGACUUAUGAUCUUAGUGUUGAUAUGUUGGAUGUACAUGCAGAUAGAAAUACAUUUCAUAGAUUUGAUAAAUUCAAUGCUAAAUAUAAUCCUAUCGGUGAAAGUCGUCUCCGUGAAGUAUUUCUUAAAACGGAUAAUUAUCUAAAUGGUAAAUUUUUCGCAAGUAUAAUUAAAGAAGUUGCCAGUGAUCUCGAAGAAUCGAAAUAUCAAAAUGCGGAGUUACGUCUUUCGAUUUACGGUAAAAGUCCGGAAGAAUGGGACAAAUUAGCAAAAUGGGCAAUUCAAAGCGAUGUGUAUUCGGAUAAUGUACGCUGGCUUAUUCAAAUUCCACGACUUUAUGAUAUUUUUAAAUUGAACAAAUUGAUGACAAACUUCCAAGAGAUAUUGAACAAUAUCUUUCUUCCUCUUUUUGAAGUGACAAAUGAUCCUAAUUCUCAUCCAGAAUUACAUAAAUUCCUUCAAUAUGUAAUAGGAUUUGAUUCCGUUGAUGACGAAAGUAAACCCGAAAAUCCUUUAUUUGACAAAGACGUUUGUCCACCUGCAGAAUGGGAUGAUAUUGAAAAUCCUCCUUAUGGAUAUUAUCAAUAUUAUACUUAUGCAAACAUGACUGUUCUAAAUCAUUUUAGAGCAGAACAAGGUUUAAAUACCUUUGUUCUUAGACCUCAUUGUGGUGAAGCUGGUCCCAUUCAACAUCUUGUCUGUGGUUAUAUGAUGGCAGAAAAUAUUUCUCAUGGUCUUUUACUUCGAAAAGUGCCUGUAUUACAAUAUUUAUAUUAUUUAGCGCAAAUUGGGAUUGCAAUGUCACCUCUUAGUAAUAAUUCUCUUUUUUUAAAUUAUCAUCGUAAUCCAUUACCUGAAUAUUUAGCUAGAGGAUUAUGUAUAAGUCUUUCUACAGACGAUCCUCUUCAAUUUCAUUUUACUAAGGAACCUUUAAUGGAAGAAUAUAGUAUUGCUGCACAAGUAUGGAAACUUAGUUCAUGUGAUAUGUGUGAACUAGCUCGAAAUUCAGUACUUAUGAGUGGUUUUCCACACAAGAGUAAACAAUACUGGCUUGGGCCAAAUUAUACUAAAGAGGGUGUGGCUGGUAAUGAUAUUACUCGAACAAAUGUACCAGAUAUUCGAGUGGCCUAUCGAUAUGAAACAUUAGUCGAUGAAUUAUCGAAUAUCUUUAAAGUUGUUGAAAAACCUGAAGCCGUUCCAUUUUAAUCUUUAGCGAUAGUACAAAAAAAAAACCUUAAACGUAAUAUAAUUAUUCUCUAUAACUACAAAUAGUAUCUAUAAAAUUCGAUAAAACUGCGAUAAAAACUAUUUGUAAGAAUCUUGUAAUGUAAAUGAUUAUAUAAUUUAUGCUAAUAA